CCUUGGUCGGAAGCGCCUUACAACACUAAAAGUGAAUUUGAAAAGACUCGACGCGAUGGAACCAAUAAUAAAUCCAGAAAAAAACAUAGAAACGACUAUAUCUUCGUCGGUUCGUUUGGAAAACGUACACUGCAACAUGAAUAACGAUUCGUGUGGCGAUCUAUCCGACAUCGAUCUUAAGGACGUGCCCGCCCAGCUAGAGGCCACCUUGAAACCACGACCCUACGAAGCCAGCACUUUGUUCAACAUUGACCUAGACGAAAUCUGGGGGUCCAGCAAUCAGGAACAAGAGGUGCAGGACUACAAGGAGCGCGCCCAGCAGGAGCAGCACAAAUUCUUUGAGUUCGUUAUGCAGGCUGCUCUAGAUAUGGAGACUCGCCCAGGGGACUUCAAACCAAACGAGGAGCAGCAGCGCUACCUCGAUCAGGGCCCCAACCUGCAGAACUUCAUACGAGGAUCUUUGGUUUUUAUAAAUACCGCCACUCGAUUUCAGGCGGAGCACGAGGAUAUAGUGGAACUGCAGAACAACCUAGAGGACCAAUAUCACUUUAUGCGAAACACCAUGAUUAACAACGCUGCGCACCACAAUCUGUCCGCUCAACGAAAAAAGUAGAAAUAAGCCUAUUCAUAAAGUUCGGUAAUAAAUGUAAAGUAGAUAAAAUAAAUUGUUAAAGUUCUCUUAAA